UUACCUCGACUACGAUCACGCUGUUACUUCCUGUAAACAGAAACGUCUCGUCUCGGUGAACUUUCUAGCCAGCGCAAAUAAAAUUAUGAUGUUUUUACUUUGUGGCUCACUGCCUUUAAUUCGGCGCAGUCUAGCAUCGUUUUUUAGGUAACUGGUAGCAUGCAGUUGCAUUUACAGCCCCCAUCGUCGCCAAUGUAUGGGCGCUAACGUUAGCUCGCUAGCAUAGUAACAUAGCAGUGGCUACUCUCGGUGUUUUCUCCGGAAACCAAAAUGCCUACGGAGCACAGGACAAGCUGGAUACUCACGGGCACUACAGUCGCUUGUGUCGCCGCUCUGUAUUUGCCCUGUGUGCAAAGGACUGUGCCCGGAGGAGACUCAGGAGAGCUGAUCACCACUGCUUGUGAGCUGGGGGUGGCCCAUCCUCCCGGAUACCCUCUCUUCACUCUGCUGUCCCGGUUGGCUAUUUGCCUACUACCCUCGCUCUCUCCAGCCCACAGUGUCAACCUCAUGUGUAGCAUCCUGGGUGCUGCAGCUUGCGGCGGUCUCUGCAUUACCGUGUGCAGGUUAGCAGGCCCUGGUCCUGGAGCUGUACUGUCUGGAGGUGUGUUUGCCGUGUCCAGGCUCAGCUGGCAGUGGUCCAUGGUGGCCGAGGUCUUCACCCUGAACAACCUCUUUGUUGGCGUUCUCUUCUUCUUGACCGCCAGCUUCCACCGCGCUGAAAACGCCACACAGAGGAGGAAGAUUGCACAUUUGGGAGCGUUAUGCUGUGGCUUGGGGCUCUGUAACCAACACACCCUGGUGCUGUAUGUGUUGGUCAUCGUACCCUGGGUCCUUUACCGGCUCUACUCUCAAAAUGAGCUGUCUUUUCAAGGCCUUGUGUCUCUCGGACUGUGUUUCCUCGCUGGCUUUCUGCCGUACAUCUACCUGCCCAUCUCAUCCUACCUCAACAUAGCCCGCUGGAGCUGGGGGGACCAGACCACCCUGUCAGGUCUGCUGAUCCACCUGCUGAGGGCCGAAUAUGGCACAUUCAGUCUAGCAAAGGCAGAAAACGCAGUGAACUUGACCACAAUGCUACAGGCCCAGCUGGACCACUGCCUCGCAGAUCUUUCGCCGCCUGUUUUGGUGCUUGCAGGAAUAGGCUUUCUCCUCUCCUUGCGGGACAGCACAUGUCGUUCGGUGUCUUGGCUGUUGGUGGCCAUGAUGGUGGUCUACUCACUGUUCUUUGCUUGGAGAGCCAACCUGGACAUUAGCAGACCCCUGCUGCUUGGAGUGGUUGAGCGUUUCUGGCUCCAGAGCGAUGCUGCAGUGUGUGUGCUGGCAGGCCUCGGCCUGAGUCGCACUCACACCGAGCUGGAGAGGAGGCUGGGCCGCGGGGGGCUGUGGAAGACCACAGGCUGGGUCCUCACUGCAGCACUGCUGGCACAUAUGGUGCAAACCAAUCACAGGGAGUGCGAUCAGAGCAGCAACAGUGUGGUGGAGAGGUUCGGGAGGGAGAUUCUGGCCUCCGUCCCAGCGGACUCGAUCAUCCUGACCAGAGGAGACCUUCCUGGAAACUCUAUGCGUUACUUACACUACUGCCAGGGCGUCAGGCCUGAUGUCCGCCUGGUUGACCAGGAGAUGAUGACAUACUCUUGGUAUGUGGCCAAGCUGGCACAGCACCACCCUGGGGUCCACUUCCCCGGCCGCUUGUGGGACCCGGCCCACCCCGAGGAGAAAGACACCUUCACUCUCGAGGAGUUUCUGUCCCACAACACACAGAGGGACGUGUUUGCCUGUAUUGGCCUCUCUGAUGGAGACCCAAGCUGGGAGCGUAGUUUCUCUAGGUUGCCCCUGGGUGUCUGUGACUACCUGAUUCCUGUUCAGAAGCAGUUUCGCCCUGAAAAGUGGGUUGAUCGCACUCGCAACAUCUACAACUGGACGGAGCCACACGACAGUUUCCAUCCCGCAUCCUGGGAGCAUGUCGCUAAUGAGGAGAUGUGGCAAGCCAGGAUGAAGACGGCUUUCUUUCUGUUUGACCUGGCAGAAAGGAUGCAGGGAGAGGGGACAGCGCGCCUCUUUGAGCUGUCUUACAUUCUGUAUAAGGAGAUUGUCGGGGCUCACGCGGACUACCCUCCGAACUGGGACAAGAACCUGGCGCUGGCUUGCGAGAGGCUGCUCCGCUCAGGUCAUCCAGGCUACAGUCCAGACAGCCUGCUGACCUGCAGCGCCCAGCACUUUAGUCUCUACUUAAAGAAGGAACCCACUGAUCCCCAGGAGCCCGCCAUACGAUCAGCCAUCACUCACUUGCUCAAAGAGAGGAACAGCCUGCGCCAGAGCCAGAGGCCGACGCCGUGAGAAGGUCCAGAGAGAAGUGGCGCAGUGAGAAUGUGCCCAAGGUGCAGCUGAGGUGCAAGGCCCCCGAGAAUGAAGCCUGAGCCGACGUCACUCUUCUCAUGGAGAUUUGGACUCACGUGUGUUUAGUUUGGCUAAAAAACUUAACAAGAACAUGAAUCAGAACAGAACUCUGUGCAAACAAGGGACCACCACGCAGACAUGCAUCGGUGAAUGUUUACAGUUGACCAGGGGGCGGAGCACGACUUCAGGAAGUAUUGACUGACCUCAAUCAGCCUCUUAAACUCUCCCAUUCAAUUGCUUUAUCGUUACAUCUCCUCCUUUUUUCUUCCUCCUAUUCUGCUCUGGGAGCUUUUAAUGCGCUGAUUAUUUUGCGUCAGCCUCUGCUCCAGUUCUCUUUUCUCACAUUAGAAUGGCAGGGCCGAGAUUGAGGGAAACCCAAUUUGGGGGCAGAAAUGGAGGAUUAGAACGGCCGCUUAAUCUAGGGCAGACUUACGCCGUGCCACGCAGUCCUCACUCCACACACCCACCCACCCACGCCUCUAUCCUCCCAUCAGUCUAUCUUAGAGGGUCCUUUAAAUGUUUCAAACUAAUGGAUUCGAUGAGUGUUUUUUUUUCUCUCUCUUCCUUCCUAACAGGAGAGCCGUAAUCCCUUGUGGAUUUAAAUGAAAUGUGAAAUGUCACAAUGCCAGGGACCCUUUUAGAGGUGCGUGUUGUGUUUGUAUGUGUGUGAACACGCUUAAAUCUCCACUCGAACCCUUUUUUUUUUUUUUUUUUUUUUUGCCAACAUCGCACAUAACCAUAUUCGAUAAACCAAUCGGGACACUGAAAAGCAAAACGUUUUGAUCACUAGAGAAGCACAGAAGAAGUCGUACAAACUCCAGGGACGCGCAGGACUGUCCACACCCAAGGAAAUUACCAUUUGGCUCCGAGAAAGGGUUGUAAACAAACUAGAAUGGACCAAAGUUUCUCGAAUAUCACCCGUGCGUCUUUGAAUAUCUUUGACCUGUUCUCAGGAUCCCACACAUCACACUGUUUUUCUAAAUGUUAUUGUCAAUGUUAAUGAGCCUUGUGCCGUGAAAUUUGUUGCGCAAAGGUCAAACCGGCUGAUUGCCAUGAGCUUUAUAAAACACCGCUGGAGGAGCCGGCUGGUGGUGAUACCACUCGAGAGUGAAGGACAGUUAAGUGUACGUGUAGUUUUCUCGGAAAGUAAUCUGUCCUCUCGGUUCGCAGGCCUGGUCAGCGGCUGUCAGCUGGCCGGAUGAUGAGCUCCGACGUACUGUGGCACACAUGGUUUGGGUUCUCGUGAAGAAAGAAAUAGACUGUCACCAAACUUUCUACAAAUUAAAAUAUUUCAAUAAAGAUUACAUUUUUUGUCCGAAAA